AAGACCUGCCUGCCAAGGAGCAGCACACCAGCACUUACAAAGCAGAGGCAAGCGCAUCGAGAGCGUGUGUGUGUGUGUGAGAGAGAGAGAGUGUGUGUGAGAGAGAGAGGGAAGGAAGGAAGGAGAGAGAGGGAAGGAGAGAGAGGCUGUACUCAUGGCUGAACAAAGAGAGAUGAAAGCUCCAUGGCACAGUGGGAAAAUGAUCUGUGUGGCCUUCUUCUUUAUUGCUGCUGUUAUUACCCUCGUAACCAUCGCUGUUGUGCAGAAUAAACCAAUACUGCAGAAGUAUAAGUAUGGAAUAGUACUCGAUGCGGGUUCCUCACACACGGCGAUGUACAUCUAUGAGUGGCCAGCGGAGAAGGAGAACAAUACAGGGAUGGUCCGCCAGCGACACUUUUGCGGGGUGAAAGGCAAGGGGAUCUCCAGCUAUGCCCUGAACAUCAGUGGAGCAGGCCAGUCCCUGAAGGAGUGCAUAGAGGAGGCCAAGCGCAACAUUGAUGAAGCCAAGUACGGGGAGACGCCAGUGUACCUGGGAGCCACUGCAGGGAUGAGGCUGCUCAUGGAACAGGACUCUGAGAGUGCCAAGAAGGUCUUGUCCUCCGUGACGGAUACCCUUCAAAAGACGCCCUUCGACUUCCAGGGGGCACGCAUCAUCUCAGGCCAGCAGGAGGGGGCCUUUGGCUGGAUUACUGUCAACUACCUGAAGGAAAACUUUGGGAAGGCUGCCGGAACAAUGGGAGCUUUAGACCUGGGAGGUGCCUCCACUCAGAUCACCUUUGUCUCCAAGCAACCAAUAGAGUCACGUGACAAUUCCUUGGACUUCCGACUCUAUGGUAGUGACUACCAGGUGUACACACACAGCUUCCUGUGUUAUGGGAAGGAUCAGGUCCUCAAAUUAUCUCUGGAAAAAAACCUAGAGUCAGGUGAGACCGUCCUAGAAGACCCCUGCUUCCACCAAGGUUACAGUCAAGAGAGAAAGUUUAAGGACGUGUUCGAUACCCCCUGUGUCAAGACCAUCAAAAAAGAUGAUUUGAGGGAAAACUUCACACACAAUGGCACUGGCAACUUUGAACAGUGUCAAAGGUCCAUCCAGAAAGUCUUCAACUUCAGCCAAUGUACAAGUUCUCGAUGUUCCUUUAAUGGAGUCUACCAGCCUCCUGUAGCAGGGACCUUUGGGGCCUUCUCUGCCUACUACUUUGUGAUGAACUUUCUAAACUUAACUGGCCAGCCCCUGGAAGAUACCAAGAGGAACCUGGCAGAUUACUGCAAGACCCCAUGGAAUGAAAUUAAGGCGAGACACCACCCCAAAGUGAAGCUCAAGUACCUUGCAGAGUACUGCUUCUCUGGGACCUACAUUUUAACCUUGCUAGAAAAUGGCUACAGCUUCACAGAUGACACCUGGAAAGACAUCACCUUCAUUGACAAGAUCGAAGGCAGCAGUGCAGGCUGGACUCUGGGCUACAUGCUCAACUUGACCAACAUGAUUCCAGCCGAGGCCCCAGACACUCCUCUCAUGACCCACGGCGGCUUCGUCACCCUCAUCCUCUUCCUCUCCGUCUUCCUCUUCGUCCUCUUGUUCCUCGGCCAGAGAUUUCUCGGGUGGCCUUCUUGUUCAUCUCCGAAGGAUAUUGUCUAGGCCUGUGCCAAGGCUGAGGUUACAGGAGCUGUGUACACAGGACAGACUGCCCGGUGGAAGGGAUUUGAAUGUGACCACUAAGGGAGUAGCAGGAAUCUAAUGAAGGCAGCAUCCUGUUGGAUAAGGACCACACCUCAAUGGAGCUCAACUUAGCUAGCAACAAUAAUUAGAGUGCCAGUUUAGAACCACAGGAGACAGGUUAAGAGUGAAGGUGUUGAUGUUAGUCUUUCACUGUCUUCAGAAACAUUUCCUGCCCAAACCAAACAAACUCAGGAGAUUGUUGGAUGUUUUAAGAGAAAUUGUUUUAUUUUGGUAAUAGCAGUUUGGCUAUAAAUACUGUAUACAUAUUUUUAAAGGGUUUUCUUAUAGCACUGUGUGCAUUAAUGUGUCCAACAUGUAAAUGGUGACCAUGAUGCAUCAUCAUUCUGAGCUCUGUGUAAAUAUUUGACAAUUGUAUUAUUUUAUCAUUUUUUGACCCCAAGAAAAUCAGUGGCAUUCAAAAAAAUGAACGAUGGCUUGAUCUACUCAAAUAUUAUACAGGCAUUUCAAGCCAAGUUAUAUCGCUUAUCACAAGAUGAACUUGAAAUGCCUUGAAGUGGACACUCCAAGUAAAUUAAUUAGUCCCUUAAUGGGAUUAAAAUAUCUAUUUUUAUGCAGCUAUUGAUUAUUCCAUGUAGAAACUACAGCACAGUUAUCAAGCUGAACAAAACAUUGAACCAUUACCUUUACUCUCAGCAGUAUUAGACUGCUGUUACUGUUCUAGUAUUGUUAUUGUCAUUCCAUUUCUCCUAACUGGUAGGAUGUGGAAAACCAUAUGCUAAUGUUAAUCUUUUCUACACAGAAUUGUAGUUAUUUCUCAUUGUUCAGAUCAGGUUUAACUAGGUUAUGAGUAUCAUCAUCACCUUGCUUGUUAAGUGCUAUGGCUUGGGUCAAGUAUGCAAAAUGACCAUAGUACCUACCAUAGACAUAUUAUCUGUCCAAAGUGUAUUUAUUCUAAGAACAAAUGAGUCGGAUAAAUGAAAUAUUGAGUUUUAAGUCUACACACUCACUUCCAUACAUGGUAGUAAUGUUGUCUUAUUUCGUCCCCAUUUCAUCCCCACACUUACAGCAGUGCCAGUAACAUUUGUUUUUUUACAUUAAAAUGAACGUGUUAUUGCCUCCCCUUUCCGCAAGGACAGAAAUGACUAACACUGGGAUUUAUGAUGUUUUCUUUGAAAUUGCCAUUCAUGGACUUGUGUUGUUAUGCAUAGUAAAGUGGAUGUGUUGCUGGGAGGAGAGCUCUUUAUCCCCCCUGACACCACAGGGGGGCACUUCCUAUAAACUCUCUCUUUACCUCACAAGGACACGGGAUGAAGAAGCCUGCGGAGGUGCCUUUGUUUUUGUCCUCCUCUUCUCUGUGCGUUGCUCUUUAAGGUGUCAUAGUAUCCUUCCUGUUUUUCUUAGCUGAAUGUGAAUGAAUGUGAAUGUGUAAACUUUAACUGUCAUAUACCAUUUUCUCAUGUGUACCGUGCGUGAAGCAGUGAGCUGAAAGACCAUGCUUACAUGAACAGGUUUCUCUUUGUGAAGCUUAAAAGCGUCUAAUAUUUGUUAAUGUCAGUAAUGUGAGUAAUUGUCAUCCCUGCCUGCAUACAUGGAUGUUCUUGUACAAAACUGACCUGUCAUCAGUUUGUGAUAUCCAAUGUAUGCUCAUCUUGCCAUGUACAGAGUUGUAUACUGUGGUUCCCCACCAAGGACCAUUCACUUUUUAAAAUGGUCUGUCUCUUUUGUAUAUUGAAUAUGGAAGCUGUGGAUUUAUAUAUUAAUCAAAAACAAUGGAAACUCUAUUCUGUGGUAUAGA